UGGAAUUGUUUGCGGAAAGAUGGCAGCGCCCAGUGGAGAAAUUGAAGUCGUUACUAAAAAGGCAACAGCAAUGCCCAGGCUGGGAGGAGCACAGCAUCACUGGCUGGCAAUGCCACUUGAGAGUUAAGUGCCAUGCUCAGUGUGGCAAACUGGUCAUAUCAAGGAUUCUGUUUCUACCAACCUUUCAGCCCGAGCCCCAAGGAGGGUCGCUAAUCAGAUUCCUGACGAGAUUCUGAAAGACCCAGAGCUUCUGGAGGCUAUUAGAGUCCUGCCAGCCAACUACAACUUUGAGAUCCACAAAACAGUGUGGCGCGUGACUCAGGCAAAAGCCAAACGAGUGGCCCUGCAGCUGCCAGAGGGGCUGCAGAUGUUCGCCUGUGUGAUCGCUGACAUCAUUGAGAGGUUUACUGGGGCAGACACUCUGGUGAUGGGUGAUGUGACGUAUGGAGCCUGCUGCGUGGAUGAUUUCACCGCCCGCGCCCUGGGAGCCGACUUCAUGGUGCACUAUGGACACAGCUGUCUGAUUCCCAUAGACGCCACAGCUGGGAUAAAGAUGCUCUAUGUCUUUGUGGACAUCCAGAUGGACACUGCCCAUUUCCUGGACACGCUCCGCUUCAACUUCCCUCCAGGAAGCUCGCUCGCCCUCGUCAGCACCAUCCAGUUUGUGGCUGCCCUGCAGGCAGCGAGCGCGGAGCUGAGGCCUGAAUACGAGGUGCUGGUGCCCCAGUGUCGGCCACUCUCUCCGGGGGAGAUCCUCGGUUGCACCUCCCCACGCCUGGAAACACCCGUCGAUGCCAUCAUAUACCUCGGCGACGGAAGGUUCCACUUGGAGUCCAUCAUGAUCGCCAACCCAGACACACCAGCUUACAGGUACGAUCCGUACAGUAAGGUGUUCUCCCGGGAGUACUACGACCAUGAGGCCAUGCAGGCCAGCAGGCUGCAGGCCAUAGAGACGGCCCGUUCGGCCCGGAGGUGGGGCCUCAUUCUGGGCACGCUCGGACGGCAGGGCAAUCCCAAAAUCCUGGAGCAUUUGGAGUUGAAGCUGAAGGCUCUUGGCAGGUUGUUCACCAGGGUGCUCCUCUCCGAGAUCUUCCCGAACAAGCUGGCACUGAUGGCAGAUGUCGACGCGUGGGUGCAGAUCGCAUGUCCACGCCUCUCCAUCGACUGGGGCACUGUGUUCCCCAAACCCCUGCUUUCUCCCUACGAGGCAGCAGUAGCCCUGCAGCAGAUAGAAUGGCAGAAGGUGUAUCCCAUGGACUUCUACUCCAAUCAGAGCCUGGGGCCUUGGGCCCCCAAUCACCUGGACAACCAGCCCAGACGGCCGCGAUGCAAGCAGCCGCAGAAGGCAGCAGGCACAUGCUGCUUACAGCAGAAGACGACUGGUGCCUGUGAGCACAGCGCCCCCUGUAGCUGCCAGCCGGAACGAACACCCUGCUAACGAGCAACAAGCUCGACAGCCAACCACAGCCCAGCAUCUGCGCCCUGCCGGAGACAGCCAAUCGCAGGCCAGCGCUCCACGCUGUUGUCAGAGCACUGUGGAUGUCAUCUUUCCAGAGCCCUCUGCACUCUCAAAGCUCUAGAUCAAAUCUGCACCCACCUGAAUACAACAAGAGCAUCUGUUUCCGUGCAUGCGUGUGUGUGUGUGUGUGCAUUUGCGAGCGCGUGUGUGUGUACUUGCGAGCGCGUGUGUGUGUGUACCUGCGAGCGCGCGUCUGGGUAAGAAAGGGGCCGACCAAUGGAGACAGACGACCCUGAGUGCACAUUGUUUGUUUCAGAUUGCAGCCAUGUGGGUGGCUAGUUAAAUGCAAUCAUCUUGUCUCUGGGGCGAGAAAGGAACUGCCGCACACUUAGAGCUGUUGACCUUCACACGCUCUGUUGAAGGCAAAAUUGCAGUUAGGAAUGAAAGUGCGCUGAGAAAUUCUUUUCAGCAAAGAAAACUCCCCUUUCCGUGUUGGUGGCUGUCACGCCAGUGAUGGUAGCAGAGCUCUUGCGUUUGCAUGUCAAACUUGAAAUGUUUUUGGCAUUAAUGCACUGUAUUUUUAUACAAAGCCAAAUUAAAUAUUUUAAUUGCAGGAAGUCUUGUGGACAGUGUGCUUGACUGGGGAAUAAAGCAUGGACUAGAUCUGGCCAACA